GGCCCGCCAUUCGAAGGAUUUCUCUAUGCUCAGAGCCCUGAGGGCAGGCCAAGGCAUCGUUGCAGGAAGAGUCAUCAUCGAUUGUGCGGGGUUGCAGAAGACGUUCAUGUCGACUGGAGCUACUGCUCCUUUCAAGCUCCUCGUGACAAGGAGGAUUCCUGAAGUCGCGCUCAAGAAACUGUCCGAGACACCAGGGAUCGUCUACGACCUGUUUGACAAGGCAGAUGUAGCUAUUCCGCCAGAAGAGUUUCGAGCAAGAGCACGUGGCGUUGAUGGUAUGCUGGUGAUGCUGACGGACAAGGUGAAUCAGGAAAUUAUCCAGGCCGCCGGGCCAAACCUGAAGAUUGUCUCAACCAUGAGUGUCGGGUACAAUCAUAUCGAUGUACAGGCUCUCUCUCGAGCAAACAUCCUGCUCGGUUAUACACCUGACUGCCUGACUGAGACUACUGCGGAUACGACCGUGGCUCUGAUGCUGGUGACAGCAAGGAAGAUUGAGCAAGCUCUGCAGGCGGUCAGGAAUGGAACGUGGGGGACAUGGGACCCCCUCUGGAUGUGCGGGAAAGAUGUACACAGCUCGACCGUUGGAAUCGUCGGAUGUGGCAGGAUUGGACAAGCCGUUGCACGCCGACUGAAAACCCUACAGGCGUUUGGAUGUGACGUGCUGUACUCGGGGCCGAACAAGAAGGAGGAAGCAGACAAACUUGGCUGCAGAUAUGUGUCGGAGGAGGAGCUGCUGCGGUCACGUGCAAGGGUUUACAAGGACCAUGACGAGAUUCGUAGGACACGAGGGUACUUCGGACGCGACAAGUUCCGACAGAUGAAGGAGACAGCGAUUUUCAUCAACGCUACUCGAGGAGAGGCGGUUGUUCAGGACGAUCUGGUCGAGGCACUGAAGGAUGGGACUAUAGCGGGGGCUGGCCUCGAUGUUACUAUGCCAGAGCCUCUGCCUGUCGACCAUCCUUUGCUCUUCCUACCCAACUGCGUUGUGUUCCCGCAUAUUGGUAGCGCCUCUGUUCCUACGCGCGAGAAGAUGGCCUGUAUGGCUGUUGACAAUAUCAUUCAGUAUGUGCUCAACAGGUGA